CUUAUCUUAGCGCUUGUUAGGUCGUGUUAAUCUCACCUUGCCUCCUGGUUUAUCUCUUGAAUUCCCCGAACUCGAGUGUGAUUCCCAUUAAAACCACCAACAUGACGUCUGAAACAAACUUUCUUCAAUCGGUUCUCAUUACCGGAUGUAGUGCAGGUGGAAUUGGUUCGACAUUGGCCGAAACAUUCCACGAACGCGGAUUGCACGUUUUCGCGACAGCACGCUCGAUGUCCAAGAUGGCACACCUGGAGAAACUGCCCAACGUUACUCUCCUGGAGCUCGACGUGACCGACUCGAAGAGCAUUGAAUGCACCGUCGAGGCCGUGACCGCCAAAACAGGCGGCAAGCUGAACUAUCUGAUCAACAACUCAGGUCAAAGCCUCAUCAUGCCAGCUUUGGAUACGAACAUUGAAGAUGCCAAGAAAUUGUUCGAUGUCAAUUUGUGGGGCAUGGUUGCUGUCACGCAAGCCUUCUCGCCCCUGAUUAUCGCAACCAAAGGAACAAUCGUCAAUGUCGCAUCGCUUGCUGCCUUCUUCCGUUCCCCCUGGCUAGCUUUCUAUAAUGCCUCCAAGGCCGCCGUAGACGCUUACAGCCAUACUCUUCGUCUGGAAUUGGCUCCCUUUGGCGUUAAAGUCGUCACUGUAACCGCGGGGACAGUCCAAACCAAUAUCUUCAGGCCUGUAGAGGAAGUUCCCCUCCCUCCCAACUCUAUGUAUAAAGCAGCCUCGAAAGAGAUGGCAGCCGUUGCAAAUGGAAAGUUUGUCCAAGGAUCUAUGGACCCGGCCGAGUUCGCCAAAAGGGUUGUGGAUGAUGUGCUCGGUGGAGCGACUGGAGUGAUUUGGAGAGGAACAAUGGCAACCAUUGCACGGAUAAUGUACACCAUUCUUCCGACUUGGCUUAUGGAUCGCUUGACAUUCCCUGGUUCUGGUCUAGAUAAACUGAGCUGA